GUUGUUUGCAUCACUGUUACGGCCUCUCUCCAUCUGUUCUUCAUGGCAGCCUUUGCAUGGAUGUUGGUUGAGGGUCUUUUGUUGUGGAGUAAAGUUGUCGCUGUUAACAUGAGUGAAGAUCGAAGGAUGAGGUUUUAUUACAUCACUGGAUGGGGUGAGUUAAUUAUUUAAUCACUUGAGACAGCAAUGUUAAAGACAUAAUUAUUUUUUAUUUGCAAAAAAAAUCUCAUUUAAAAUCUCAUUUAUAAAGCAUGUUUGGUAACCUUUUUUUUCAGAAUUUUUACAAAAUUAUAUUAUUACAAGAUGGACAAGCUAUAAGCAUUUUUUUUAGUUUGUACAAUAGUUUCAUGAGAUUCCAUGGUUAUUUAAAGUAGCUCUGUCACCAGAUAUAAUGUUUGUCAUAUCUGUUUCUUUACAGCUCCCUGUGUUUCUUUCUGAUUUCUUUCUGAUUGCUCUAGUUUUCAAAGAUUUAUAAGGAAAAGCAUGGGCUACUUGUCCUUAAUAUAAUGUUCCUUUUACCAAAUAUUGAAAGGAAUUUAUGUUUUUAGAUAAAGUGAAUGUAAAGACAAUUAGAAAAACUCAUCCUUACCUUUAAUAUAUUAUGGGAUCCAUCAGUCAUAUACAUGCACCUUGAGUCAGAUAGUGUUUGAAAACAAAUAGUUAUUCUCUGUGGCCUACUUUGCUCCCUGCACAGAAGUAAGGAAGACUAUAGAGACUACUUGCCAAUUUAUAACACUGUAUGACCCAAGGUGCAUAUAUAUUAGACUUGGGCAUUGAGGAAGAUUUUAUGUACAUUCGAAGGAAUUCAAACUAAAAUAGAUUUGUUUUGUCAGAAACAAAUUUUGUCCAUUAGUUGGUUUGUUUCAGAUUAAAUUAGUCUAAUAUUUUUGGUUUGGAAUUCCUACUCACAUGAAGGAAAUGCUGCAAUCGCUGGCAAAUCUUUCUUUGGUUUAGAAAGUAGAGAAGUCCCUAAUUUGGUACCCUUAUGUGGGAUUGCCAUAUUUAAGGGUAUUAAUUUAGCUGUAUUUAGUAAUUAGGUUUAUUUUUUGUUAUCUUUAAAUAUGGGAAUUCCUUAGAAGGAUACCAAAUUAGGGAGCUAUCUAUAGGCAGCUGAAAGAACAAAAUUAAGAAUUGGAACAAAUUGGAAAGAAAAUUGACUUUUCUUGUAGUUAAUAAAAAAAAUUGUAAAAAAAUUCUUUCAAAGCCUGAAUUAUUAUAUUAAAAAAUAUUUAUGACAAUGGUACUUUAAUGAAGGUUCUAUUUUUAUUUGUAUUUAAUCCAAAAGAAGGAAGAAAAGAUAAUCAAUAAAUAAAUCCCUUCCCCUUCCGCGCUGCCAUUUGCUUCUUUUUUGCCUUUUCUCUCUCUAUUUUUUUAUUUCUAUAUUUUUGUGUGCAUGUGAAUAACAGACAUCUUACAAAGCUCCAACAGCAUUGGUAAGACAGCUAACUGGACAAAGCAUAACAGUUAGAAAGGCAUUCAAGUAUACUGUACCAUUUUUCAAUGUAGUGUAGGGUACAGGCUAGGCUGAACAUGUCUAGGGUAAAUAUUGAGAGAGAGACGCUGAGCUAUGCUAAGUCAUUGACAUAUUGAUAGGGGUACUCUAUAUUUUCUUAUCUGUCUUUUUCUUUCCAACACACAUCUCAUAUUUGUUUUAAGAGUUUGUAUGAAACAUUAUUGACAUCUCAAUGUGUAUCAGGUUUAUUUACUAAAGUGAGAAUUCAGAGUGAAUUCAAAAGUAAUUUCAAAUUUCAGGCUUAUGUAGCUGAACUGGAAGCAUAGCUUGUUUCAAUUUGGCUAUUUUGGCCUUGAAUUUAGAAUUCACGUUGAAUUCACGUUGAAUUUUCACUUUAAGGAAUACAUCUGUAUGUGCUACUGUGCAUAUUAGACGUUAACGGAUGCUUUCAAUGGUUGUGAGUAAAUGGUUGAGAAUAAACAAAACCCUUUAUUUUUCCUUUAAAAAGUUAAAUUUAUAUUACAAUGGACAGUAGGCUGAGAGGCAAAUAUAUUUUGUAAGUGAGAAUGUGUAAAAAAAAGAAAAUGUUCAACUCGAAACAAAAUUCUAAGUUCAGAUACGUUCAGACUGAUAGUUAUAUAGCUGAAAAGAGACAUCUAGUUCAGUCUUUCUCACAUCUGUUUUUGCUGUUGAUCCAAAAGAAGGGAAAAAUUCAGUUUGAAGCUCUUCCAAUUUUGCAACAAACUAGGAAAAAAAUCCUUCUUGACUCAAAAGUGGCAGUCCGUCUCCUUGGAUCAAGAAGGUAUUGCCCCACUAAUUAAAAAUGAUAUCGCUGAAUAUUCUAUUUUUGGAAGUAUUUAUUCAAUUGCUUUUUCAACAUAUAGACUUCAAAAAACAACCUACCUCUUCAGACAGAGAAUGUCACAUCCUUAUUGUUCUUAGUGUAGAAAACCCAUUCAUUUGCCUUAUAUGUAUAGUACUGUUUAUUUAAUAGAUUUCCAUACAAUGGUUUGUAAUGGCCACAAAUAUAUUUAAUUUUUUUUUCUAAAAUGUUUCCCUAUAUCUGCCUACAUAGAUGUAAGCAGUAAGUGUUCAACUGAUGAUUUCUCAGAGAUCGCACAUAAGUUUCAUCCUGACUCAAGACUCUUUGUUAAAUUUAUGCAGAGUCUUGAAAAUGAAUUAAAUAUAAUAUUUAGCAAAUUAGAAACAGAUAUGGGCCCCAUGAGUAGAUAACAGAAUAUUAACAUGAAGGAUUGUAAUCCAGUAGUGGUUAUGGUCCCUCGAGUGUUCCUUUAAGCCAUUUCAUCAUGCACAUGAGCAAGAGAGGGUUAGCUAAUAUUUGACAUCAAGUAGUCCAAUCCGGCUCCAAACCAGGACAUCAUCCCACCAUAUUCUUUCUUAAAUGUAUGCUAUAAUUUAUUUUACUAAUAUGGCAAAAACUAAAAGACAAGACUUCAUACUAGAAGGAUAUAUUUUAGUAUUGUGCGGUGAGGCAUUCGCCCACAAUCCUUACUAUACUAGUAACCCAGAGGAUGGUCCAGCCCCCCCCCCCCAUUUAUUGAAUAUGAUGUAACAUUGCAGCUGUUGGUUAUGUUCUCUCUUUAUUUUAGGACUUCCAAUUGUAAUUGUCAGUGUGACUUUGGCAACGUCUUUCAAUAAGUAUGUGGCAGACACUCAUUGCUGGCUGAAUGUGCAGACUGAUAUAAUCUGGGCAUUUGUGGGACCUGUUCUCUUCAUACUUACG